AUGCUAAAGCGCAGAGCAUCAGCGUCCGAUAAAAUUGUAUCUUUUGAUGAAACAACAAGAAAAUCAAUAUCAUCUGACAGUACUGUGUCAGAUAUUCGCGUAGCUUGCACCUCUCCAUCUCUUGCUCAAAAUCUUAUUGAACGAAUUGUAUCGAUCGUCCAAAAGCAAAAGAGUAGCUAUGGCGUCCAUAUUCAUUUGAUACUACAUUCAUCACGCCUAUUAUACAAACGUCAUUCAUCACCAUUAAUUGAUGACCAUCGUGAGGUAUUUUGA